AUGUCAGCAGAGCGACCUUCAACGCCCCCACGGCAGAAUGCUGCUGGGUCCGGGAUUCUCCCCCGCGGCCCCAUAACUCCAGAGCAGCAGCGGAAGAUUGAAGAGAAUCGCAUGAAAGCCAAAGCUCUACGAGAGCAGCGGGAAGCUGAGCGCUCCAAAGGCUCACCCUCCGGACCGCGUACCUUACAAUCUACCCAAGGAGUUAAGCGCUCUUUCAAUUCGAUGACAGCAUCUAAUCCUACCUCCAUGCGCGAUGCGCGCUCGGAUGUCCCUUCGUCUAAUCGUCCCCUUGAUGCGAUCAAACCCGCCCGCAACUUUACUUCCUCAUACGUUGAUUUCGAUUUCAGUAAGAUGACCGAUACAAAGGGCGGCUUCCUGACUCAAGAGGACGAUCCAUUCAACAAGGCGCUUCAUGUGCCUGAUGGGAAAGAACAAAAGCCAGCAAAUAUGACACAAAAAGAAUGGGAACGUCACCAGCUACUCCAAUCAUUACGGCGAAAUCGCGAAGGGCCCUUUGAGCCUGCUUUGAGUGCUUUGGAUGAUAAGAGCAAGCAGAAAGUAUGUCGCGAAUGUGGCAGCUUAGAGAUUGACUGGAAAUGGGAAGAGGAGCUCCGAUGCCGCAUUUGCCAUGCAUGCAAGGAUAAAUACCCGGAGAAGUACAGUCUUCUCACCAAGACGGAGGCGAAAGAAGAUUACCUCUUGACUGACCCUGAAUUGCGAGACGAAGAGCUCCUUCCCCGUCUCGAAAAACCCAACCCGCAUAAAUCAACGUGGAAUAACAUGAUGCUUUAUCUUCGGUACCAGGUCGAGGAGUAUGCUCUCUCGGAUAAGAAAUGGGGCUCCUCUGAGGCCCUAGAUGCUGAGUUUGAGCGGCGCGAAACUGACAAAAAGAAGCGCCGUGAAGCCAAGUUCAAGACGAAGCUGCAGGACCUCAAGAAACGUACCCGGGUUGAAGCAUAUCGUCGCAAUCGACAAGGGGCUUCUGGCGGAGAGUUUGGAGAUGACCUCAGUAGCAACCGAAAACAUGUGCACGAAUGGGGCCGGCCUGUAGAGAAUUCCGAAACCGGUAUUCCCAUCAAGACAUGUGUGGACUGUGGCAUGGAGGUGGAAGAAUUGGAGUUUUGA